AUGAAGCUUAUUGCGGACAAGAAAGCAGAGAUUAUCAAUGCAGCUAAAAUAGGACAGAAGAGGGAAAUUUUGCGGAACCGAGAUAUCUUGACGUUGCUCAUCAACGCUAACAUGAGUGAUGAGAUUCUGGAGAAUCAUAGGCCUUCUGAUGAGGAUGUUCUAGCCCAAAUCUCAACGUUCCUCGUUGCCGGGCAUGAAAGAACUAGCAACACAACGACGUGGUGCCUCUUCGCUCUCGCAUAUGCGCCAGAAAUUCAACGGAAGCUCCGUGAUGAACUAUUUGGAGUCCCGACCGAGCAACCGUCUAUGGACGAAUUGAACGAUUUACCCUAUCUCGAUGCGGUCGUUCGAGAGACGAUGCGCUUCCAUGCGCCUGUUGCCGAUACAAACCGCCAUUCAGCCAGUCCGUUUACUGACACACAUGGCCAGGCACAUGACGUGGUUAGGGUUCAAAAGGGUUGUGUAAUCUUCAUUUCUAUCUUCGCCAUGAACAAGUCGAAGGAUCUAUGGGGCCAAGACGCGCACGAUUUCAAUCCUGAGCGAUGGAUUACAGGAGUACCAGACACAGUUCAGCAGAUCCCGGGUGUGUGGAGCAACAUGUAA